UUUUAUGACUCUUUGACAGUUCGUCCAAUAAUUUCCACUCUUCAACAAAUUCAUCAAUUUAUUAGCAUUCCUAAUCCUAUUGCUGAAAAAUAAGCCAAAUAGUCUUAUUUAAUUAGUAGAUUAAAUAAGCGAGAGGAACUCCAAGAGAAGACUACAUACUCAGAUUUUUAUACAAAUAAAAGGACUAAAGACCAGACCGAAAGAACUCCAUUAUUAAAAAAAAAAAUUAUCAAAAAUGGCGGUAAACUACGAUCCUGCAUAUUUUUCAUUGAUCGCCAAAGCCAUGAAAUUACGAAAUGAAGAUCAAGUAGGAAAACGCCCAGUAAAGAACGUUGUUGUACACACAAUGCUUUGUGCUCAAGAAGUUGAGCUUCUAAUUAGAGAAUUCAAUCCUUGUAAAUACAAAAAACUCAAUGCAACAGAGUGGAUUCAGCAAAUUGAAACAUUGGCACGUGUUCAUAAAUGGGAUGAUGCUCAAGUUAUACUCUACGCCACAAUGCGCUUGAGAGGUGUUGCCAAAAUUUGGUAUGAGUACGCACUGGAGACAAUCACAGGAUGGGAGGACUUCAAGAAGCAGUUGCAAGAAAAUUUUCCACGAAAACUCGAUGUAGCUGACAUUCAUGCGAAGCUCGUUGCAAAGAAAAGACAUUCUACGGAAGCAAUUGAGGAAUAUUUUCACACCACAGUAAAACUAGCAAGGAAGGCUAAAUUGCACGAUAAGUCCAUAAAGGAGUACCUUAUUCGUGGACUUAAUGAACCGAAGCAUCAAAUGAUUCUUUCGGCUAUUGAAUCUCCAAGUCUUACGGAACUUCUCCUCCAUAUGCAGCGUCUUGAGAAAGAUUCAUCAUGUGAUGCAGAUGGGAAGAAAUCUGAGGGUGGAAGUUCUAAGCAGAAAUCCCGUGAAGAGUCUUCUAGGGAAAAAUCAAGUGCAGCUUCAUCUCUUUCAAGAAGACUAUCAGAAAGGAAUGAAAGCAGGCGAGAGUAUAGGUCAUCAAGUGACCGAUCAGAGAACAGACCACGUUUAUCAGAAAGGAGAGAAUAUUCCCAACGUUCCUCUGAGAAGAAUAGAUCUGAUGAUAGAUCUCCAAGAAGAAGAGAAGAUUACGAAAGAUCUUCACGACAUUCACCGGAUAGGAGACAAAGUUCCAGGGAUUCUUCUCGUCAUUCCGAACACUCUUCAGACAAGGAAUAUCGCAACAGAAGCAUGGUUCAAGAAGAAAUUAUGUGUUGGGACUGUGGUAAAAAGGGACACUUUUUCCGAGACUGUCCAAUAACGAAGGCUCGAGAAUUAAAGAAGAAAAGUCAGAGCGAAGAUAGAAGGGAAGACUCAAGGACCAGUUUAAGGGAUAACUUGAGGAACUGAAGCAAAUAAGAAUUUUAGAAGAUCGAAAUGGAAGGAAUCAGCAGAGGAACAGAAAGCAGAACAAGGAGAAGAGAUGAAAAGUUAUAAAAAAAAAAUUAGGAGGGAUAACGACCUGGAGUAUAUGAAACUGAUCUCAACGUUAACUAAACUCAACUUUAAGGAAUUAAAGAAAUAAUUAAAUCAGGUUAGUAAAUAAUUUAUUUUUUCGUUUAAUAGAAUUUUGAAAUAUGAAAAAAUAAUUUUGAAAGAAAAUAAAGCUUUUAUAAAAAUAUAUUUGACUUUUUUUAUCCGCAUUGAAUGGAAAGAAUUUAGAUAAAAUUUUAGACGACUCUUAAUUUAAGAGAGAAGUUUUAACGUCAUUUUGCAACAGCUGUUUGUCAAAAUCGCCGGUACUUCAGUUUUGAGGUUAUGUUGCUUUGUAUCCAAACUUUGCAUUAAUACUUUUUUUGCAAGGAAAUUGAGACAAAAAUUUAAGUUUUUAAAAUUCUCUGUAAUAUAAGUAAUUCACAAAGUAAAAACUAUUAUUAAAAAAAAAUGAAAAACUAGAUAUUUCCUUGAAAAACUUUUUAAAGUAAAAUCAUGUGGAACAAUUUUGAUCCAAGAAUUUUCUCAAGCAUUUCCACAUCAAAGGGAAAUUCAGGAGGAGACCAAAAUACGAUUUUCAGCACAGUCCUUGGAGCUCAAGAGAUAAAGCUUCUAAUCCGGGAGUUCAAUCCGAGUAAAAACAGGGAUUUGUAUGCAAAUGAAUGGAUCCAGUCGAUUGAGCAAUUGGGCAGAGUCUACAGAUGGGAUCCAUAUCAUCUCCUGCUUUACGCUUCCAUGCGCCUAACCGGCAUUGCUAGACUUUGGUAUGAUUACUCCCUGGAACUCAUAUCAAAUUGGGAAGAUUUUAAGCGGGAGCUCCUGAAGAAUUUCCCCAGAACCAUUGACCUGGCAGACAUUCAGGCUAAGCUGGAGUCAAAGAAAAGACAACCGGAUGAACCUGCAAUCCAGUACGUUCACACCACUGUUAAAUUGGCAAAGAUGCUGCAACUGGAUGAUGCUUCUACGGUGGAGUAUUUAGUAAAUGGUCUAGACAAUGUGAACCAUCAAAUGAUCCUUUCAACGAUGAAUGUGAAUACUCCAAAGGAAUUCUUGCAACAUCUUGAUCACCUUGAGAGUGACGAUGAUCACUUUAAAGUGCCCCAGUUGCCUAAGAAUCGAGCAAGGAGUCCCGAAAAGGCAACUCCUUCACAGGAAUCUACAAAGAAUAAACGUAGAAGAGGAUCUCCUGAUGAGCAGAUUGAGAAAGAACCGGCUUCGUCUCCUCCCAAAAAGAAAAAUAAAAAACUCAAACCAUGUAGAAUCUGCAAUUCCGAGGAGCACGUCCCGAGGGUUUGUCCAAAGAAAAAGGAACAAAUGAUGGAAGGUUCAACCGAUGCUGAUGACGCAUCAUCAACAGAUUCGAGAACAUCAGAGACAUCAGCCCUUACGAAACAGGAGAAAGAAAGAGAAGAAAAUGAAAUAUUUCAAUCUAUACUAAAUCUCUCAGAAGAAGAUCUCUGUAAGAAGGAAGACUUACUCUUCCUCUUGCAAUUGGGCGAUGAAAAACUCCGAAGAAUUCGACAGAGCAUCGAAGGAUGUUCGAAGAUGGAUAAAUGCCUUACAUUCUAUCAAGGAGAAUAUAAACUGAUCAACAGAGCCCUCUUUAAAGGCCAACAGGAUGAAGACUUCAACAACUUAAAGUACUGCCUGUCAUCCAAGAUGCAGUCUCGUGUUAUGAAUUUAACUCACAUCAGUGCUGGUCAUGCGGAUUCUGACGAAUUGGUGGAUUUGAUGAUUAAACUACGGCCGGUUUUUCACAUGGUAGGAAUCCUGGGCUCAGUGAAGAGAUAUUUAACUGAAUGUAUUCAGUGUUCAGUGCAGAAAUUGUUCAAUAGUGGUGAGCAACAUUUUACGUGUACAAAGGAACGAUGCUUUAUUCCCUUCUACAUGCUCUACGUUGGCUUCUUCGGACCGAUCCAGAAAAGCAACAACUCCAAUGAAUACAUCUUUGCUGCAAUGGAUGCUACAACACAGUACACAAUACUUGAAGCUGUACCGUCUCCAUGUUGUGAAAUUGUCGAAAAGACUCUCAUGAGGAUUGCAGAGCAUCUGGCAAGUCCAUCACUAGUAGUUAGUCUUCAGAAGGAACCAUUCACGUCGACGCGCUUUGAGGAGUUUUGCAGAGAAAACGGCCUGAAGCAGGGAUUUGUUGUUGAUGUCUCUGAAAAAAGUACUUCCUUUGCAACGUCCAAGCAUCGUGGAUUCUUUCAUGGUGUCAUAACAGAAGCAGUGAGUAAAAUCUGCGAAGCUCCUGAUACAACGGACUGGGAGGAAAAGUUGCCUGAUGCUCAGUCUCAAAUAAAUUCAUCAAAUCUAAAUGAAAAAUCUGAUUUGAAUCCACGAGAAAGGAUUGUGAAGUACGUUCCAAGGAGUGGUGCUCUGGAGAAGGCUGUUUACAUGAAGGCGUGCGAGACAGUCAAAAAGAGAAUUAGUAGAAGAUUUCUGAAUGAUUCAGAUGAAGCAGAUGAGGUAGAAGAAAAAGAAGAUAAGGAAGAUCUGAAAGCAGAGAAGGAAGAACAAGAGGAAGAAAAAGAAGAACGGGACGAGAAUAAAGUAGAUCAGAACAAAGAGAAUGAAGAUCAGAGCAGAGAGGAGACAGAUCAGGAUGAGAAAGAGAAGGAAGAUCAGAACAAAGGGAAGGGUGAUCAGAAAAAGAAUGAAGAUCAGAGCAAGAAGGAUAAUCAGGAAGAAGCAGAAGAUCAGAGAAAGGAGAAUGAAGAUCAGGAAGAACCAGAAGAUCAGAGCAAAGAAAAGGAAAACAAUGCAGAGAAGACAGUACAGAACACAGAGGCAGAUGAAAAACAAAGCAACCAAUCAAACAAUGAAGGAAACAAAUCUAUUUCUCCGAUCUUCAAGAAAGACGACUUAGUACUGAUCCAUCAUCAGGAAGUCGAGAAGUCCCAAAGUCCACGAAAAUAUUUCCCCGGCUUCCAUGGACCAUACGUAAUAAAGAAAGUUCUCGAGGAGAAGAAAUACUUAAUAACGGACACAUCUGUAACACAACUAACGAAAAAGAAAAUUAAGAUUGUUUGUCCUGAAGAAAGGAUUAAGAGGUGGAUAACGCAAGAAGAUCUGGAUGAAUUUGAAAAAUUAAAUAAGUAAACAAACGUUUAA